AUGCAUUUUAAAUUGCAGUCCGAACGCGGAGAACGCUCUGCCUCAGCGCUUGACCUGAGAACUGGAACAGCGAGAAAACGAUCCUACUCUGGGGACGAGGAGGAAGCCAACGGCGCCUCUCGGAAAAAGAUCGCAAAGCGUAAACCAACUGAUCAAGAAUUAGCACUCAAUUUUUUCAUCAAACAAUUGGCUCUUGAACUGUUGGAUCGUCGUCUGACCAUCGUUCAACAGCCUAGACACCGUCUAGCUCAGCUAGAGGCUGCUUGUCGACGCCAAUUUCCUGCCUUCAACGAAAGACAGAUUCGUCUUAAGAUUCGGGGUCAAUUAAAAUUGUAUAGACGAAAUUUGAAGAAAGCCGAGGAACGAAAGCUGUCUAAAUCGAACGCACUUAGUCAGCCAACUUCAGCAUUCGAGUGCUCUCCACUGACCUCGGUCGACCAAAACCCCAGCUACCUCGCCUGUAAUCCCAAUGCCGUUUGGAUGGCGCGUCGAGCUUUAGCUAACGAACGCAAACGAGGGAAAAUACUGAUUACCCCUGCAGCAGAAGCACUGCCAUUAAAACCUAUUAAUGAUUGGCAGAACAUGGGCACUUUGGCUGAGCCUAUUGUAAUUAACAGACCAUCCCCUGUUAUCAGACCAAAUUCGUGCUUGGAGAGCGGAAUGAGUACAAUAGAACCUGCCUAUUCGAGCGCUUCCCUACCUAAUCCUCCGAAGAGAGUCCGAUCGAAUCCGCCAAUGUCUACUAGCCAACCUUCGCCACUCGCUAGUGUUACUUCGCCCACAAAACCCAUUCAAAUGAAUAAUUCGGCAGUAAUGCCUACUCCACUGAAGACUCUCCUUGAAGCUAGCAAAAAUAUCAAAUCAUCAGCUUCCAUUACCAGUCUAACGGACUUUCCACUUCCAAAUUCUGGCGGAAUAGAGGAUUCGGUUGGUCAAACACCACAAUCCCGCCAAAUGAAUCAGACAUGGCCGACCUCAAUUUCCAAUUCCCCUGCAGAUGCAUCUGCCUGCAUAAUCGGUAGUUGUCUACGUUUGGCGGCGAACUUUCUGCUUCAGAGUGCUACAUUUUUUGAAUCAAAAAAUGCAUCACUCCCCGACUUGAAUUCAACCCUUCCACCAACAUUACUUCAACAUCCUAACCUUUCGCUGAUCAUGAACCCAAUGUUUGGGAGUAAUCUGCCCCCCAUGCCACCUCUGGGGACUACCAGUGCUCCAUUUUCCGAAGUCGCUCCUGUUUGUUCAACCCCUACCAUCACUUCAUCUUAUCUUCCUCCCUCAUCUACUCCCUCAGUGAGCCAUCCAGUCACUACUAGCACCACUUAG